AUGUCCGCGACAAGCAAGACCGCCAAAUCUCGCUCUGGCUGCCGGACUUGCAAACAACGAAGGGUGAAAUGCGACGAAACCAAGCCGUCCUGCAGACAGUGUGCUCUCAAGAGUCUAGAAUGUCCGGGAUACGCGACUCGAUGGAAGUGGUCGACCAAACAUGAACAGAUCCAACGUGCUCCUGUUUCAAAGAGGGCGAGGGUUAACAAGCCAUCCGAUUCCGCAGAAGAUACUCCGGAAGUAGGGUCCUCGCCACGCUCUCAUCGGCAAGAGAGUGCAGGGAACCAUCUCAAGCAUGUAGAGUCCGUCUCGGAGAACGGCGAUACUGCCGCCUUGGAUGAUGAGGCAGAGCAAGCCCUGUUGAAUGGAGAUUGGGAUGAUGUCUUGCUACCCACCUUCCAGUCGUCGUCCACUCCUCGAAGCCUCUCCAUGUCGGAAACUACAAGAACAACAACACCUGCACGGCACUCUUUCGAUGUGGCACCGUGGGUAUGGCAAUCCCCAGACACCAUCCUCAGCAACGUGCAGAUUCAAGUGGAUUUCUUCUCUGAGAAGGUCUGCAAGGCUCUGACAGCGGUCGACUCGAUGAACAACAACCCAUUCAGGCAGGUAGCGUUGUCACGGACCAAGGACUCGCUCUUGUUUUUCUCCCUGUGUCGGUACCUCACCGCGGCGUUCCUGAACUCGAGCGCUUCGGACGCCACCAGUGCGUUGGUCGUGCAGAACGCACAGAUGGAGACGCUGCAACGGUUGCACAAUGCCGUGGCCCAGCUGGAUUACGACGUGCUGACGAGAAUGAAGGCUGAGGACAUUUUGAUGGCCAUCAUCAUGUUCGGGCUCAGUACGAAUUGGGAUGGGUCUAACAGUCCGAGCAUCUUGCAUUACAAUGCCGCGGUCCGGUUGUAUACGCAUGCCUGUUGCGGUCAUGAGGAGCUCUUCCUCCACUCGCUGGUGUACUGGUGGAUGGGACUCGCGUUUGUCACGGACACCACCAAGGAGUGUCUGUUAGAGCCCCCGCCUCUCGAGCGUGGCAAUCACGGGGAGGCUGCCAAAAGGAUUCCGCAUCCCCUGGCUGGCGUGUCCCCCGCGGCGCAAAGACUGCUCGGCCGUGCCGGCUCGUUGAUCUACGCCCAAAGGCUGAGGUGCCGGGAGAAAUCGUUUCCCAGCAUGAAUCAGUUGCAAAAGGAAUACGAGGCCGUACAGCGGGCGCGCAGCCUGGAAGAGGAGACCUUGUCACUGCAACUGCCAAGGGCCAACAAAUUUGUCGACGUCGGUGAUACCGCGACCCCGAUACAGGACCUCAUCAACACGGCAGAAGUUUAUCGACUUGCCGCCCUCAUUUUGCUGUAUCGAGCAUUCCCCGAUCUGCUCAACGGCAGACUGCGGCUCGACGAAGACGGAAACGAGGCUGAUGCCAGAGAGCGACGAUUGCGGUGGGUGACGGCGCUGGCCAUUCACGCCCUUGACAUUCUCCGCCAGAAUUCCCCUCACUCGGGUACCCGCAGUAUUGAGUCGAUCCUGCUGGUCAUCAUUGCAGGCGAACUGCAAAAGCGUACGUGUUCAUCACAGAUCUCUUGCGUAACGAAUGAGACUAAGAGCGAGAGUCCGAGCCUUGGGCCAUCGAUGGCUGCAUCCACGCCUCUACCGACAAGUCCUUUUGAUCGCUUUACGGCUCUGCACGAUUGUGUCCGAAGCGUCUUCCACAUCGGCCACCUUUGCGAAACUUCAGGGUUGGACCGCAUCUACGAAGCUCGCAGGGCACUCCUCAAGCGCCUCCAAUCGAUCCGCGACAUCUUGCCAUACAGGUUGCUGGAGCGUGUGCAAGAGCUUGUGCUCAAAACCUGGGACGCCGGUGACAAUGAUAACCCGGAAGUCUUCUGGAUUGAUGUUAUGAUUGACAAUGAAUUGAAGUUCCUGCUAGUGUGA